AUGAAUAUUCCAAUAAGUUUUAUCCUUGUUACCUUAAUCGAUUUUUCGAAUUCAUAAUGGCAAUUAAAUUACGGUUACCUAUAUUAUGAUAGGAAAUUUUCUGAGAAUGAAGGAGGAUUAUUAUUGGCAAAUAAUAAAUAGGCAAAUUUUAUAACUUGCACAACACCUCCAACUAGCUAUUAUACUCUCAAUAGUUAGUAUCCAUUAGCUUAUGAUUAUACUAGUUUAAGCAACUAGAAGGUUUAUUUUUUUUCAGUAGAUUUAUAUUUUCAAGGUACAUGGAUUUCUGAAAUUGUUACUAUUACAAUCGGAUCAUUUUAAUACUAAUAUAAUUACACAACUUCUACAAAAGAUUAGCUGACAACUGGAUUUUGUGGUAACAUCGCUUAUGAAGUUAAAACAGUUAAUUUUAAAAUUCAAUUGUCUAAUUCAAGUGUAAAUAAGUUCUAAUUUACAUUAUCAAAUAUGAACAAUGGAUAAGUUUCAAUUAGAAAUUUAUUUAUUUCAUUUUCUUCCUGUUACCCAUCCUGUAGUUAAUGCAAAGGACCAAAUUUUAAUUAAUGUACAAGUUGUUAUUAUGGAAUACCUACAAAUAAUAUUUGUCCCCCCUGCCCAUCUAAUUAGUAUUAUGAGAAACGUGUUGGAUGCAAAGAUAUUUGUAGCAUUUAUACUCCAUUAUACUCUAAUGGGUUUUGUUAAUCUUAUUAAAGUAUUUUAUUUGAAAUAUUAUAGAUAGACAAAUUAACUAAUACGCUUAUAUGUUUAAGAUAGAGUCUUAUAAUUUUUAUUGGUUUAAUGUAUAUGACCCACUACAUUUAGACACAUCUCCAACAUUUAUAGAAGCAGGUUACAUAUAAAUUUUUAAGUUUAAUUCUGGAUUCUCAACAUUUAUUCAAUCAUUUGAAACCUAUUCCUAAGCAAUCUAUUCAGUUGGGUUUUAAAUUAUUGUUAGAACUUAUAAUGAUAUUCCAUUAAAUUGUGGAAUAUAGUUUUUGAUUAAUAAUACUUAUUUUAGUUCAAUCUACAGAAACGAAACAGGAAUUUAAAAAGAUAAAAUAAAAAUUUAUGAAGCUAGUAAUUAUGGGUCAUAUUUAAAUUAUACUUCAAGUCAUUAAUAUACUUUAAUUACAUACAUUGACCUUCCAAAUUAUCCAUUUCUUUUUUCAGCAAAAGGAAAUUAUUCGUAAAAGUUAAUAUAUUAUACAAUAGCGAUAACUCAGCAGGAUGGGGAUUUUAAGGAGUUACAGUAACUUCAGGAUAUUGUCCUAUUAAUUGUAUCUUAUGCGAGGUAUCAUUUAAAUGUAAAACUUGUAAAAAUGGUUACUAUAUACAUAAUAAUAAUACAUGUUAAUAUGCUUGUUUAUAACCAUAUUAAAAAUUAAAAGCUUCUUACUGUUAUGAUUUUGAUAAUGAAACACCUUGUAUCAACUUUCUAUAUAUUUAGACUCUUAAUAUUUAACUAUAGACUUUAUAAAUUAUGUACACGAUCCAGAAUAAUAUGAAUAAUAUAUGCUAAUCUCUUAAAAUGGGACAAAUUUUUUAAAAGGUUUAGAUAUAUAUUAUUCAAAUUUGAAUUGGAAUUCAAUUGGGUAAAGAAUUUUCGGAGGUCCUCUCAUAUGGGCUUAAGCUAAAUUUUAAAGGACUCAUUAUGUGGAUGACCCUCAUCAUAGUAUUACUAUUGCAUUUUACAUACUCUAUGGACCAGCAUUUCCAUCAGAUGGUUUGUUUAUUUAUACAAUCGAAAAUAACCCACCAGUUUCUAAAUCAACCAAAAAUACAACUCUUUAAUAUUCUAAUGGAGCAAAAUAUGAUAAAACAUAUGAAAGAAUAAUUCAUGAUACAAAUACAUUAACAAUAAGUUGGGAAUGUUUUGGACCAAAUAAUGAGCCAGUUUAAGCUUAUUGUGGAUUUUAUAAUUAUUACAUAGCUGUUCACAAAUGCUAACCAUAUUGUUUAUAAUGUUCAAAUGAAACUACAUGUUUAUAGUGGAAUAGCGAUUAUGAUGCAAAUGUUGUUAAAUUCUCAUAAAAAGAGUGUUUAAUUAAUAAGUAUUUUGAUAAAGACUCUUAUAGAUGUUUGGAUUGUCCACGAUCUUGUUUAGCAUGUACAUCUAAAUUAGAUUGUUAAACAUGUUAAUCUACUUAUACUUAAACUAGAUUAGGAUGUGUUUGUAAAUAAAAUCAAUAUGAAUAUUCGAAUCAAUGUUUUGAUUGCCCAAUUGAAUGUAAAUAGUGUUUAAGUUCAAAUAAUUGUAUUGAGUGUUUGAUUACCAAUAACAGAUAACUAAAAAAUCAAUAAUGUAUUUGUAUUGAUGGAUAUUAUCCAGUUUUAUCAAAUCCUUAAUGUUAAAAUUGUCAUUUAUUUUGUAAAACUUGCACUGGGCCUACUUCUGAUGAUUGUUUAACUUGCAAUAAUAUUACUAAUAUUGAACAAUUUGAAAAAACAUGUAGAUGUCCAGCAGGAUUAUUUUAUUAAGCAACUACUAAUUCAUGCUUCUAAUGUCAUUCAUCAUGUUAGACCUGUUUUCAAGGGACAGAUGAAAAUUGUUAAACUUGCGAUGCUUCUUUGAAUAGAAUUUUAAAAGAAUUAAAAUGCAUAUGUGUAUCUGGUUAUUAUGAACUAAAUAGCAUAUGUACAAGUACACUGAUAAUAUUAAAUUUUAGACUGCCCAAAUACAGAAGAUAUAUUAUUAACUUCAUGUUAUAAAUUUUGUACAAAUACUGAAUAAUUAUGGCACACAAAUGAAUGUAUUUCUUGUGAUCCUGGAUUUCAUUUAAUAUCUGGAGAAUGUUAACCUAUUUGUGGAGAUUUAUAAAUAAUUGGAUAUGAAUAAUGCGAAAAUGAUAAUACUAUUUAGGACUAUCUAUGUUAUAAUUGUUAAUAUUAAUGUCCAGCUCAUUGUUUAACUUGUAAUGAGUAAACUAUUUUCCCUUGUCCUGAUAUUUGCGGAGAUGAAAUUAUUACUGGAAUGGAAGAAUGUGAAGAUGGGAAUACUAUUUAAUAUGAUGGAUGUUUUGAUUGUAAGUUUUAAUGUUAACCUUCAUGUACAAAAUGUAUUAAAGGAGAGUGUUUUGAAUGUAAUACUGGUGGGUGGUAUACUGAUAUAACAGUUCUACCUUGGAUAUGUAAAGAAAAUUGUGGAGAUAGGCUAAUAGUUGGAUAAGAAUAAUGCGAUGAUGAUAACUAAGAUGAUACAGAUGGAUGCAAAGAUUGUAAAUUUUUAUGUAGAAUUGGAUGUUCAACUUGUGAUUAUACUACUGGCAAUUGUUUAAAUUGUGAAUUACCUGGAUUUGCACCAGAGAAGUAUUAUUGCAAGAAUAUAUGUGGAGAUGGAUUAGUUGCAACAGAUCCUCUUGGGAUAUAUUCUGAAGAAUGUGAUGAUGGAAAUAAAGUCAAUUAUGAUGGAUGCAAUAAUAAUUGUAAAUUUUAAUGUUAAUCAUCAUCUAUAUGCAAGAGUUGUGUAAAUAAUAGAUGUGAAUAAUGUGCCACUGGAUUUUUGCUCUAUGAUUCUAAAAUAUGUCUUUCAAAAUGUGGAGAUUCAUUAGUAGGAUAUAAUGAAUAAUGUGAAGUUAGUUAGAUAUUACCUUAUAAGGGUUGUUAAAAUUGUAAAGCUAAAUGUUAAUCUGCUUGCAUUAAAUGUGAUAAUACUGGACUUGGUUGUUUGGUUUGCAAAGUUGGUUACAAAAGAAUUGAUAAUUUAUGUUAUUCAAUUUGUGGAGACAAAAUUGUAACAGAGGAUGAAGAAUGUGAUGAUGGCAAUUUAAAAUUUGGAGAUGGUUGUCAUUAAUGUUAUUUUAGCUGUCCUUGCUCUAUGUGUAUAGAUAGAAUUUGUGUAGGUUGCCCAGAAGAUCAUUUUUUAUAUAAAUAUACUUGCUUUAACUUAAUAGAAAAAAUUGAUCUAAAAGAAAUUACUAAUUUUUCAUUUACAGAUUUAAGCAUAUCUUAAACCUUUGAAGCUCAGCCUGGUUAGACUAAUAGAAUUCAAUUAAAAAUUGUUGAGUUUUUUUAAAAAGUUUUCAAUCAGAUAAGCUAAAAUAUAGAAAUUAUCGAUUAAAAUUUUCCUUAUAUAAACAUAGAAAUUACUUUGCGAUGCUCAAAGAAUAAGAACGUUAAUAUGCAUUUUAUAAGAUCUAAUAAUGAUACAGGAAUUUAUAAUCAAGAUUAUAUAUUUACAUAUUAGUGUCACGAAACAGCUAAUCAUAUAAUUACAUUAUCUUUUAGGUUAAAUAAAAUAAUGGUAAGAGAUGAAUUAAUACUAAUAAAAAUUUCAGAGGAUGAGUUGCAAUUAUAUGCUUUAUUAGAACAGUCUCCAUAAAGGCUGUUAUGGAUCACAUAUGUUAAUCUUUGA